CCAUUCCCUGCCCGCUCCAGGAUGGCACACACAGAGGCUGGGGAGCCCAGGCUGCCAGUAUGGGUGAUCACUGGCUCCCACUCCUGGACCAGCACAGCUCAACAGAAGGGAGUGAAGUCCCCCUUCGCAGUGGAGUGGAGACCUGAGGACGGGCUGGCCACCUUGUCCAUGGACCCAGAGGGAGAAACUAUAGAUCUGGGAGAACCAUCUCCCCCAGCUGCCCCCCAGCAGGCUCCCUGCCCCCCAGCUGCCCCCCUGGAUCCCCAGCAGGCUCCCUGCCCCCCAGAUGUCCCCCCGGAUCCCCAGCAGGCUCCCUGCCCCCCAGCUGCCCCCCCGGAUCCCCAGCUGGCUCCCUGCCCCCCAGUGAGUGACUCUCCAGUGAGUGCCAGCUGCAGGGAGCACGGGCAGGAGCUGAGCUGGUUCUGCUAUGAGGAGCUCAGGUUGGUGUGCCCCCUCUGCAGGAGCCUGGGGAGCUGCCAGUCACACAGGACCAGGCUGGCGGAGGAGAGGGCUGCUCACAUCAGGAAUAAAAUUGUGGAUCAGUGUGAGAGACUGCAACUACAAACUGCUGGGAUUGAGAAGUACCUCACAGACACCCUUCCAGCCAAGACCCCACGAGUGGCGAGCACAGCGAGAACGGCCAGGGAACUGGUGAUCCAGAGACUCACAUUCAUCAGGAACGUGUGUGAUAAUGAAGAGCAGAGACUUCUGGAAGAGGUCCACGUGGAGGAGGAACGAGCCCAACAAGGAAUCCUCACACAAAGGGCCCACUGGACCGAGGCUGUCCGCAAACUGUCUGGAAUUAGGACUUAUCUCGUGGACUUGCUGACUAAGCUGGACGAUCUUAAUCUUAUCAACUCAGAGAAUGAAAUGGACGAGAGGACGGAGGAAGCGGAAGGAAUCUUGGAACCUGAAGAGUCUGACAAGUUAAACUUUAACCCGAGCUGUGUGCAGAGUCCAUUGCUGAACAGAUUGUGGGCUUCCUCUAUGCUGUGCUGCAGCACGGUUUGUGAAGAAAUCACGUUUGAUAAGAAGACCAUUAGUCCCUUGCUGGCAGUAUCUGAAGGCAACGUCCUGACAUUUCUCCAAAAGAAGGCCAAGAACUACCUAGAUGGACCUGAACGCUUCAAUCACUGGCCCAACUGUUUGGCCACCAACUCAUUCCAGAAUGGUAUCCAUGCGUGGAAGGUUAAUGUGGAAAACAGCGGUGCCUACAAGCUAGGUAUUGCCUAUGGGUCCUUGGCUCGUAAGGGUGCAGGCAACGACACCAGGCUGGGCUACAACAGUGUUUCCUGGGUCUUUUCCCGCUAUGACAAAGACUUCCGCUUCUCCCAUGAUUCUCAGCAUGAGCCGGUUGAACUGCUCAAAAGCCCCAAACACAUUGGCAUAUUGGUGGACCUGGAAGAAGGGGAACUGAUCUUUUUUGACCCUGGAUCAUGCGUCAUUCUUUACUCCCACCAGACAAAGUUCACUGCUCCAAUCUUUCCUGCCUUUGCUGUAGCUGAUCAGAAUAUCAGUCUUGCAAACUAGCUCAAGAAGAGAGUGUUUAUAUAUUUAUAUGGACUGAUUUUAAUAUAUAUAUAUAU